AUGGAUCGAGGCGAAGAUACCGCCUCCAAACCGCCGCAGCCUACUUCUCCGGCCCGAAGCGACAAGAGUAGUGAUAGUGAAGGAAGGCAAGUCAGGGAAAACCUGAAAGAAACCACGCUCGAUACGCUACCGCCGUCGGACAAGACACAGGCAGUCCAGGAUCCCAUGACGGACGCUCCAAAUGGAACCGACGUUGCAGUCGACACAAACACAUCAGAAUCGGAGAGCAGCCGAGGGCGAUUACGUCGCAAGCGCAGCCGCGAGGACUUUGAGGACGAGACAGAUAAGCCGCAAGAGAAGAAGGUGCUCGAGCACCAUGCUCGCAAGAAGUCGCGGGAUGUCACUAGCCCCAAGGAUUCAGACGUCGACAGUCAGGCUGCGUCGAAGAGCCCAAUCCCCCGGAUACCGGAGCAGGAAGGUCUCGAGGAAGCAGCUAAACCUCAGCAACCAAGCGCUGAUCGACCACAAACACCAGAAGCCGUGGAUACAACCAAUGCAGCAACAAUGCUGAGCCCCAAGAACAAGCGCCCGCUUGAUCAGACCAGAAGCGGCGAUGCUCCUAGUGCUUCUAUCUCGAUUUCUGGGGCCAGUGUAGCAGGCGAAGAGCGUGAUCCAAAACGGCCACGCGACACCGAUCACGUAUCCGAGCCAGCGAAGGAGACUCAGACAAAGAUCCCUCCGGGCAGCGGCUUUGCUAAUACGUCUGCUGCUUCCCCAUUUUCUUCCUUGUCAGCUACUCCGAAGGACUCCACAUCAAAGGUUGAUUCGAAGAAUGGCACUCUGGGCCAGCCACAAACUUCCGACGACAAAUUCAAAGCCUCUGGCUUUGGGAGCUUUGCAUCAUCCAGCGCUUCCCCAUUCGGGGGCGUUACCCAGACAGCGUCGGCUUCACCAUUCGGCGGUGCCGCAGGAGGAAGCAAGCUUACAAGCUUUGCAUCCCCUGCGCCUACAUCAAACGCUCCAGCGAGCUCUUUCUCGGCCCUUGGAUCCAAAACCGGGACUUCAGGAUUUGGCGGCAGCACCGCACCUACAUUAGGAGGUUCAGGUUUCGGCGGUGCCCUUGGAUCAAGUGCUUUUGGUGGCCUAGGGGGACCAAGUAGCGGACUUAAGAGUUUCGCUACUCCAGGUGCCCAGACCAUUACGGGAUUGAAACAAAAGAACGUCCGGCCAUUCGGUGCACAGGCGGACGACGAAGAGGAGGAUGACGAGGAGGAUGACGAUUCAAGAGAUGAGGAGGCAGCUACCAAUAAUGACACUGAUAAAGUCAAGCAUCCGGAAUCGAAACCCCUGAAAAACUUCCAACCAAUGGAUGUCGAGACAGGAGAAGAAGGCGAGGAGCCACGCUGGAUCGGCCGCGCCAAACUCUACACAAUGGAUGGCGAGGGAGACGCCCGAGCCUGGCACGAACGCGGAGUCGGCCCCUUCAAACUCAACAUCACAAAGGAGGAACCCACCCGAGCGAGAUUCGUGCUCCGCGCAGACGGAACCCACCGACUCCUCCUCAACGCAGCCGUCACGAAGACCACCACGUUCGGCGAUGCCGCCGGCAGUAAGCCAUCCGACGGUCGCCUCCUCUUCAACACCCCAACUGCCGACGGCACGCUCGAAAUGCAUUUAUUAAGGAUGAAAGCCGAGAGGGCCUUCGAGCUCUGGGAAACAGUCGAAGACGUCAAGAAGAUCCUACCAUGA